GCGGGGCGCGGGGCGCCGGCUCCCCAUGGCCAGAGGCAGCGCCGCAGUCCCGCCGGCCGCUCCCCAGGGGCAGGGCCAGGAGCGCCGAGCCGCCGCCGGGAGGAGCAGCGCCCAGAGCGCACGCCCGCCCGCCCGGAGGGGGCGCCAUGGCCAGCUUCCCCGAGCCCGCGGCCCCCGAGCAGCCCGAGCCCCCGGCGGCGCCCAGCCCGGGCCGGGGCGCGGGGCCCGCGGGGGCAGAGCCGGCCGAGGCCGCGCAGAAGCCGCCCUACUCGUACGUGGCGCUGAUCGCCAUGGCCAUCCGUGAGAGCGCCGAGAAGCGGCUGACGCUGGCCGGCAUCUACCAGUACAUCAUCGCCAAGUUCCCCUUCUACGAGAAGAACAAGAAGGGCUGGCAGAACAGCAUCCGCCACAACCUCAGCCUCAACGAGUGCUUCAUCAAGGUGCCCCGCGACGGCGGCGGCGAGCGCAAGGGCAACUACUGGACGCUCGACCCGGCCUGCGAUGACAUGUUCGAGAAAGGCAACUACCGCCGGCGCCGCCGCAUGAAGCGGCCUUUCCGCCCGCCGCCCGCGCACUUCCAGCCGGGCAAGGGCCUGUUCGCGCCCGCCGCGCCCCCCGCGCCCUGCGCCGGCCCCGACGGCUACGGCUACCUGGCGCCGCCCAAGUACCUGCAGCCCGGCUUCCUGGGAGGGUCCUGGCCGCUGCCGCAGCCCGCCGCGCCGCUGCCCUACGCCUCCUGCCAGGCCGCCGCCGCCGCCGCGCCCGCCAGCCCCGGGGCCGCCGUCAAGGGGCUGGGCGCGCCCGCCGCCUCGUACGCGCCCUACCCGCGUGUGCAGGGCCUGCUGCCGCCCGCCGUGGUGAGCUCCUACAAUGGCCUGGGCGCCCCCGCCGCGCCCCCGCCGCCCGCGCACGCGCACCACCUGCACGCCGCCGCGCCCCCCGCGGGUCCGCAGCUCCCCGGGGCCGCCCCGCCACCGCCGCCGCCCGCGCAGCUCAGCCCCGCCAGCCCCACGGCCGCCGCACCGCCCGCGCCCGCGCCCCCCGGCCUGCAGUUCGCCUGCGCCCGACAGCCCGAGCUCGCCAUGAUGCACUGCGCCUACUGGGAGCACGACGCCAAGGCGGGCGCGCUGCACUCGCGCCUCGACCUCUGAGCGCCGCUCUGGGUUCCGCCAGGGCUGCGGGGACCCUCCCGGCUCAGCUCCCGGCUCAGCUCCCUCCUCCUCUCCAGUGCACCCGCCUGAGGGUCGGGGCCGUCGAGGCAGGACACCCAGGAGACGGGAGUCCGCACCCCUUGGCUCCUUGCUCCCCAGGGCGGCGCGCACAGGCCCCGCGGGGCCCCAGACACACGCCACACGCGCCUCCUCGGAGCCGCGCAGCCCGGGCGCGAGGGACCGGGAACCGGGAACCGGCUGCGCUGCCUGCGUCCCCGACACACCGCGCGGCCCGACUCGAAGCGCCCCUGCGCCCCGCAGGCUCGGGUAUCUUCAGGCUCGGGCUCACGUUUUGCUCGAACGAUCGGUGAGGCUCUGUGCUAGAUCUUUUUUUUUUAAAUAUAUAUAUGUAUAUUUUUAAGGGAGUAAGAAAAAAAAAUCUCACCGGGACAACCGGCGGAGGAUCGUGGCCUUGAAGUUUGCGAAAGCCAAAUAUGACUUUUUUCCCCCUCCUCUCUCUCUGCGAGGAGAUUUGAAGUAGAAUUGCUGCUGGGCCUUCAAAAAAAAUUGUUUAGAGAAGGAGGGAAAUGUAUGCAGCUUAAAAAGAGGGUUUUCUCUACGAAUGAGGGAGUUUUCCCUCCCUCUCCCUAGUUAAAAAAAAAAAAAAAAAAACUAAAUUUCUCUAGAAGCUACGCUACAAACCACCAGGGCAAGAGGGAAAUCUCUGGCGAAUGGCUGAGUUUUGUUUUCCGAAAGUCUCGCUUCUCCCACCUAGAGAAGGAAGAAUGUGGAUCCUGGCAGCGGUAGGACCCGACCAGCUUGUGGCUCAAAAUCCUGGCGGUUCUGUGUUCUGUCGUUUGGGGGACCAAUGUUUUUAGAGAGAACUAGAGCACUUUUGUUGUUUGGUGGGGUUGUUUUUAGUUUUAUUUUUUGUUUGUUUGUUUUGUUUUUCUCUCUUGUUGAUUCCCUGAAUAAAUUUUUUUGUUCUUUCUUUUAA